AUAAGCAGAAGCCGUGUUCCAUUGUGUGUAGUCUGUACAGCUUACUCGCAGUAACUCACCCAGCUCACCUUCCACGAUCCGCCCCGAGUCUCCUAACCAGUCCUACACGAUGCUGAAGGUGGCCUUUCUAGUUUCUCUACUAGUAAUCGUCCUAGCUGUGCUCUCAGAGGCGUACUUUGACCCGGAAGACAACGAGCUGGAGGACAAGGAGCGAGAAAUCCAGACAAUGCACAAGAUAGACAAUCCAUUCCCCGCUAUUCGGGACUACAGAGUCUGGAGAUCAGAUACGGAAAGACCUCGACCCAUGAAGAGAACGUUUUGUCCACGCGGAUUUGUCCAUAAUCCCGUCACUGCAGGCUGUGUACCUUCCCUUGGCUUCAUGAAAGGUCAGAGACGCUGGAGUAGAAGGUGAUUGGACUGUAGAUGA